GAGGGAAAAGUUGAAAAACGCGGUAAAAUUGGCAGACGGUUCAAUAGCGUUAUUAGGCGCGAGCGUUUGGAUUUGUCCGUUAUUCCAGCAGCGAGUUACUGCAAUUUUAUACAUUCGUUUAACAUAGUAGACUCCUUUGCUUAUUUUUCGUCUUGUGCCUGUUGAUUAACAUUGUAGAUUUAGAUUUCAUCAUCACCAUGGAUAAAAAGAACGUGAUUCAAAUGCUUCAAACAGAUUUUGAUCGCUUUCAUAAAGAGUCGAAAAACAUUGCAAAGACUGUUCAUGAUUUUAAGCAAGAUGUAAGGACUUACAUGGAUGCUUUGAUCUCUCAAAUAAGUUCAUCAGGUUCUGGUCCGUUACUUGCCAAAACGCCCAAGCUCCCAAAAAAACGAGGCACUAGGAUCAAAGCCAUUCCAGAAUAUAAUGAAAUGGAUGGGAAUGACAGUAGCAUUCUUAAUAUCAAAAGUAGUAGAUCUUCUAGGGCAGAUGUAGCAGUCAUGGAGACAACGGAAAUCCGUGUAGGAAGAUCAAAGAGGGGAGCAUCUGUCAAGGCUGCUGAUAUUAUUAAAAAACAGCAGUCUAUGACCUUGACUGCUAAGCUGCGAAGACCAUCUAUAGAUGACAGUGAUGUACCAUUGGCAAGUCGACAACCGACAAUGGAAAGUCGUUUAAAAAGGCCAAAGGAAUCUUUGGCAAGUUCAGAAGAAGAUGAAGAUGUGAGACCAUCAAAGCAAAGUAAAUUAGAAAAGAAGAAAACACAGUCCAAAAAAUUGAAAGAAGAAACCUUUGACUUGAGUAUUGAUGCAACAUUACUUUCGGAUCAAAAUAAAACUAUAGAAGCAGAGAAGUCAAAACGAAUAUCUGUAAAGCGCAAGCUGGAAGAGGAUUCUGAUAAUAUUUUGAAUAUUGAAUGCCCAACUCACAUUUCUUCUACUGGUGAACCUAUUGCUAAGAAAGCCAAUGUAUCUAAGCUUUCUCCACAAAAAGGUGACACAAAGUACAUGAACACUUUAGAAAGAAUCUCAGAGAAAACAACAGAAUCUCCAACAAAUAAAAAGUCUUCAGGUCGCAUGACAAGGUCUUCGUCUUCUGUAAUCAAUUCUCAUUGUGUUAAAAAAUAUAAGAUGAAUAAUAUUGUCAAUGAAACAAUGGAUACAACCAAUGCUAAUGAAACUAUAGCUUCAAUAUAUGAAGACGCAAAUGGAAAACCUUAUCCAAUAAUGAAUUCAACCAUGAAUCCCAAUACAACAGUAACCUUAGACAAAAUGAUGAAUGCCACAGUUGUGAUUGAACCAUUAACUAUCAAAAAGGUAUUCAAUGAGACAAUCACCAUACAAAAAAACGUUUUCAAAGAGCCUUUGUCUCACAGCACAAUCAAAGAAAUAGAAGAACACAUUACUUCAACAACAAAAAGUACAGCAAAAAAAAAUUUAAAAACGAGAAGUAAAGAAGAUUUUAAAGUGCCUAAAAUGGAUGAACUUAUGACAGAUGAUGAAUCAUCACCCGAAAGGAAAGGAUACAAAGUACAGGAAGAAAAGUCAUACCAACUAAAACGUAUCACGAGAUCAUCUCAAAAUUCAUCUCAAAGUGAAGACGAAGUUAAUCGCACACCACUAUUAGGCCUUAAAAAUGUAAAGAACAAGAAAGGGUCACCGUUCAAAUCUAAUUAUAAACCAACAGCUUUGUUCAGUCCUUAUGCCAAGGAUUCGGUUAAAAAACGAGUUGAAGCCUUUGAGCAGGUUGCUGGAAGUCCAAAGCAAAAUGAACAAGAGACAGGUGGAAGAGUCACAAGAACAAAAACGCGAGCUUUGGCUGCAGCAAGCUUUUCUGAAGCUUCUGCUCCAACUGUAGCUCAAAAAUUAGCUAGAAAAUCUUUAGCCAAAGCAAAAAAGAUUUCUCUUGCCAAACAUGCCAGGGAAAUUGAUGAAACUGGAGAGAAUGAUGAGACUUGUAUUGCUAAAAAGAGUUCCAUUGAACAAUCGGCUCAGAAAUUAAGCGCAAAAACUACGCCAUUGGGUAAGAACCGUUUGCAGAUACCCAGCUCUGUAAGCAAAUCUCAGUUUACAACGCCAUCAAACUCCCAUAGCCACAAUGCGCAUUCCAAAGCUAUGACAGGUUCGCGAGGUAAUAUCGUGACAAAUGUUGAUUCUUUCAUUCAAACAAAUAUAUCGUCUGCCUCGAAAAAAAUAGAUAGAGGAACCGAAGAAAAAAGACGUAAAGCACACGAAGAAGACGCCCGGCGAAAGCGCGAAGAAUUACUGAGAGCUCAAGCAGAAGAAAAGAGGAGAAAACGGGAAGAGAAAGAAUUAAAAAACAGAUUAGCGAGAGAAGCCAAAGAAAAGUUGGAAUAUGAGAAGAGACUGAAAACCGAAAAGGAGAAGGAGGAAAAAGCUAAAUUGGCCCUGCAGAUGCAAGAGAAGCAGAAGGAAGAAAUGGAACGGAAGCGUAUUGCACAAUUGCAACGGGCAAUGGAAAAGGAGGAAAGACGAAAAGCAGAGGAAGCUCAACGUUUAAAGCGGUUGCAAGAGCAAGAAGAGCAAGAGAAGCUACUUGCCGAACAAAGGCGUCGCGAGCAGGAGAUGGAAAAACGUAAGCAGGCUGAGCAAAGGCAUUUGGCUGAGCUUAAACAGAAGAAAUUGAUGGAGCAUGCAUUGCAAGCCAAGUUAAAAGCAGCGGCGCAGAAGCAGGUCCCUAGCAGUUAUAAAAUCGACAGCGAUCCUGACGAGGAAGAUUCUGAUGAUGAAAACAAACCUAAACAUGAAAUUCCAACUUGGGCAUCAAAAAAUGUACGGCAACACCAAUUGGCAAUGCAGCAAUACGUUCCAAUGAAAGUCGUCCUGAAAUUCUUCGACGCCAAGCAAUGUACGCCGGAUCUCAAAGAAUUGUUUCAAGGCAUUGAUCCGAAGAAACUGAAACGAUCUUCCAGUGCCAAUUGGAAAACUCCACCCCGAUAUUCCAUGAUGAAUUGCUCCAUUAUCAAGGACUAAAGCAAAUUAUCCAUUAUUUGAUCGAUUAUAUAAUUUAAACACAAUUUUCCUUAAGUACUCUUUUGCAAAUUUAGCGGCAAUUUCUUUAAGAAGAUAGCACGUAAGCGGCAUAAAUUUUAAGCAAUCGUGAAUAUUGCUAUUUAUUAUUCAAAUUGAUGCAUUGUACAGGUUUGUUGUUUUAUACAUGUAAUCAAGUUUUACAGUAGUAUUUUAUAAUUAGACGAAUAUAAUAGUUAUACGAACAGGUAAAAUUUUAUUAGUCAGUAAAUACAAGGAAAGCGAGUAGAGUGAUGAGUUUUACACCAAGUACAUACAUACAUUGCUUAUUCUUUAUAAUGUAUUUGUUGAUAGCGAUUUGCAAAGUGAAAUAAAUGUAACGCUGUUGCAACCGUAUAAUCAAAUUUGAUUGAACAUUCAAAGACAAAAGGAAACUAUGCAGGUAGCAUUACAGUUUUCCUUUUAUUUACGGAAUUCGCUCACUUUAUUUGCUUGCUCAAGAUAUAUAGUGAUUGCGCUAGCCGGUCAGCUACCGCGGAUACAUACGUCUCUUUCAAUUAAGUAGUGGCAACGUGCGCACGUGGAAGAGAGAGUGAGAGAGAGAGAGAGAGAGAGAGACAGAAAGAGAGAGAGACAGAGACAGAGACAGACAGACAUACAGAUAGACAGACAGACAGAGAGCAAGAGCUGCGAGGACAUAUUCGUGUAGGCGGCUAUGCGUUUUCUGGGUGACGAAAAAAUAUGUCAACGAGAGCAAAAUAUUAGGCGCUACAGCAUGAAUGUGUACAUGCGUCACAACAAGAAUAAUGAUAAUGUACGUCUGUCCACAAAAAAUUUUGUCUUUCUUUACUCGAGUAAAUCUUAUUCAUUAUUUUAUACGUUAUGAUUAUCUUACAUCUCUUUGAAUCUGGAGGUUUUUUUAUUGUUUCUAUUAAUGUUUAAUAGCGUGAACUCGAUGAAAUAAAUGAAUUUUGAAAGCUUCUUACUGCAUAUGAAAUGUAAUUCAAGUUUUUUCAGCGUUAAUACUACUUCGUUGCGUGCAUUACAAUCAAAAAGUAAAACGUGUACAUCCAUUGAUUAAUCAUCGAAUCGCGCAAUUGAUUAGCAAAAGUGUUAAGAAAGUGUUAUUUCUUAUGUGGUCUGAUUCUUACAUCUCUCGAUGUAUGCCGAAAGUGCCUAUAAUAAUAAUUGAAUAAACAAUCCUAUAAGAU